AUAAUUAAAACACCAUAACUUUCGUCUUCUUCCCGGCUUUCCCAUCUCUCCACCACCGUCGAGCUCAGAUCUGACUUCUAAUGUCCCGGAGAAUCGUAAACUCACGAUCAUGAAAAGAUCUCACAUUUCUUCUCCUCGCUCUUGCUCUUUCUCUCGCCCAGCGAUCUCACUGUUCUUUGUCAUCCUCUUGUUCCUUCUGGGUUUAACACUAACCUCCCGAAAACCAUCCGGUUCACCCCCAAACCGAAUCCUAACCGGGAAACCCAGCAUCCCCAAGCUAGCGUACUUGGUAACGGGCACGAAAGGAGAUGCGAAACGUGUGAAACGCCUCCUCAGAGCGAUACACCAUCCUCGAAACUACUAUCUUCUCCAUCUCGACCUUCAAGCCUCCGACGAAGAAAGGAUGGAUCUUGCCAAGUACGUGAGGUCGGAGAAGGAGAAGAUGAAGAACGUUAUGGUGAUGGGUUUGGCCGACUUGGUUACGGAGAAAGGUCCGACUAUGUUAGCUAGCACGCUCCAUGGUGUUGCGAUUCUGUUGAAGAAGGCUGAGGAUUGGGAUUGGUUUAUUAAUCUCAGUUCCUCUGAUUAUCCUCUCAUGCCUCAAGAUGAUAUAUUGCAUAUCUUCUCAUACUUGCCUCGUUACCUGAACUUCAUUGAGCACACAAGCAACAUCGGCUGGAAAGAGAGCCAAAGAGCAAGACCUAUCAUCAUCGAUCCUGGCUUUUACCAUUCCAAGAAAUCUGGUGUCUUUUGGGCUAAAGAACGAAGAUCUUUGCCUGCUUCCUUCAAACUUUUCAUGGGGUCAACAAGUGUAGCUCUAACAAGACCAUUCCUCGAGUUCUGCAUCUGGGGAUGGGACAACCUCCCAAGAACACUAUUAAUGUACUACACCAACUUCCUUUUGUCAUCAGAAGGCUAUUUUCAGACAGUUGUGUGCAACAACAAAGACUAUCAGAACACAACUGUUAACCACGACUUGCAUUACACGCACUGGGAUACUGUUCUGCAGCAGCGUGCCUUGAAUCUAACGGUUGAGGAUUUUCAUGACAUGUUCCAAAGCGGGGCGCCAUUUGCAAGGGAGUUUCGAGAGGAUGAUCUCGUACUCGAUAAGAUCGACGCCGAGCUGCUUGGUCAAACGGACGGUGGAUUGGGGUUGAAAACUCGGGAGGUUGUUAAACCAACGGUGGCUUGGAAGAGGCUUGAGAAGCUCAUGGUUAAGCUUCUUGAUCAUGAGAAUUUCAGGGCUAAGCAAUGUAAAUAGUUUUCUUGUUUUCUAUUUUCUCUUGGUUGUUGAUUUUAUUCUUCCAAUCAUUGAUUUUUCAUGUGAAGUUUCUUUGGCCUUUGUAAUAUAUUUGUAGUAUUUACUUAUAUAUGGUCAAUCUCAUCAACAUA